UUUUGAACAGUAAAAUAUACAUUCAGUUUCUGUUUACAUUUUCAAGGUCUUUUUUUUUUUUUUUUUAAACAGGUGUCAGUGUUUUGUCUUCAUACCAUGACGGACAUGGACUAUCUCCAUAACGAAUCGUGGAAAAACAUGACUUCAGAUGCAUCUGCCUCAUCAUUCAGUGGACUGCAGCUCCUGAUGGACCUGAAGCCACUCUUCAUCCCUCUGUAUGCCAUGCUCGUCCUGGUAGCGUGUUCUGGAAAUCUCCUCCUCCUCAUCCUCAUCGGACUGAACAAGAAACUUCACAGCACUACUAACUUCCUCAUUGGAAACCUGGCCCUGGUUGACUUGGUUAUGUGCCUGUUCUGUGUUCCUCUGACUGCGUUUUAUGCCUUUGAUGAGCGCGGUUGGGUUUUUGGCCAGUUCAUGUGUCAUUUUGUUACCCUGAUGCAGACCGCAACUGUGUUUGCGGCAGUUCUGUCAUUAACCGCCAUUGCGGUGGAUCGAUACGUGGUGGUCACAUACCCAAUUCGACAUCGCGGAGGUCGUUCUUUCUGCGUGUGGUUGGUGGUCAGCAUAUGGCUCUGUGCAUUAGCAAUGUCCACACCAACUGCUUUGCACACGGUCUACCUCGAUCUUAGUGCAACAGGUCAUGAAAUGGUGGUUUGCGAGGAGUUCUGGCACGGGCAGGAGCUCAGUCGUCUAAUAUAUUCAUGUUUCUUCCUGCUCCUUUCUUAUUUUGUUCCUCUAGCAGCAGUUUCCAUAUCCUACUGUGCAAUCUCCUGCCACCUGCAACACCGAGCUACGCCUCGGCUCAUGGCCGCUACACCUUCCAACCAGGAAAAGUGGGGGCGCAAGAGGUCCAAGACAUUUUGCCUCCUACUGGUGUCUGUUCUGUCAUUUGCAUUCUCCUGGCUCCCCUUGCAGGUGGUCAACCUCAUUCGUGACUUGGACAACGACUUUGCCAUACUGAGCAAGAACCACGUCAAUGUAAUCCAGGUGUCGUGCCACUUGUUAGCCAUGAGCUCAGCUUGCUACAACCCCUUCAUUUAUGCUUCUCUUCACAAGAAGUUCCUGUCAUAUCUAUGCCAGAACAUAUUUCAAAGAAGAAAACCUCAUCAUACUCAGAGUAGCAUCACAACCUCCAGCCGAAUGCUCCGCUUGAAUACUUCUAGCACUCAAGCUGACAUUCCCAUGUCCAUUAUCAAGAUUUCACAAGACUGAAUCAUUUCUCCAGCACACACGUUGCUUUUUGAUGUUGUAGAACUGAGCCGACAAAUUCUUUACCAUAAUCAAAACUGAUUUGUUAAACCAAUGACUCUGUUCUUGAAGCUAUACAGUAUAUACUCCAUUGAUUCCUGAGGAAAAUGUGCUGUGGUGCAGUGCCAAAACUACUCAUGUACCCUCAGGUCAUGCUUGUGUCGAUACAACGUUUCGCCCGAAUAUUCUAAAGUGUUGCGAAAAUAUAGCCUCAUCCAUUUUGCCAUGCUCUUUAUUAAAUAUGUUUGCACAAAUUUGUUUGAUACUUAAUUUUUGUGUAUAUUAAACAUGUUAAAAAUUGUUCAAAAAUUGUGUUGGUCACACUUUAGUUUGGGGACCAGUUCUCACUAUAACUAUCUAUUAACUAUCACUGUUGCCUCAAACUCCUAUUCACUGCUUAUUAAUAGAUAGUAAGGUAGUUAUUAAGUUUAGGUAAGGGGUGGAUUAAGGAAUCUAAAAUAUGGUAAUUCAGAAUAAGGCAUUAAUAUGUGCUUCAUAAGUACUACCCUGUUAAAAAAAAACAUCAUGCUGGUUAGGUAUGUUUUGAAGCAUAGCAGCUAGUUUGAGCUGGUCCUGAGCAGGAGCUAGUUGCUUAGGACCAGCACAGGACUAGCUUAAACCAGCCCAACAGCUUAUAACCAGCUCAAACCAGCUGCCAUGCUUCAAAACAUGCUGUUUUUUUUCAACAGGGUAAUAACAGCCAAUAUGCUAAAAUGCAUGCUAAUAAGCAACAAGUUAAUAGUGAGAAUUGGUCCUUAAAGUGUGACCCUUUUUUUCUUACUGUGAAAAUUAUGUUAUGUCUAAAGUGAUUGUAUGAGGAUUUGUUCUAGCUUUGAAUACAUACGGGUGGUAUAAAUGAAAAAAAGCUAUUGUUCACUCAUUGUGUUAAUGUAUUCAUUUAGUAGCAUUAAGGAAAUGUAUUAAUUAUGUAUGUCCAUCUGCAUGAUGUUAAAUACUUCACUCAAGUGUCCGUUAGAGGUUUACUUAAAACAAAAAAUCCUCUGUAAUACAUCACAUAAUAAAUUCAUCACAAUAAAGGUAUAGCAAGCACAGUAUAAAUUCUCAAGUAUCUUCUUUGAGAAUGCUCAGUUUUUAAAUAUUAAAUAUAAAAUACUGUUAACACUUUACAGU